AAGUAACAAGCGCUCUCGCUCUCGCUCUCACUCUCCGGGGUGGGCUCCUGUGGCAGAGCGCCCAGCCUUCACGUAGACAUACCUGUGCGAGAAGCCGGAGGGGAAGAAAGACAGAGACCCGCAGGCCCUGACCUCUGUGCCAGGAAGGCCCAGGUCCUUGCCUGCCUCAGCAAGGCCACAAUGAAUCGAGGAGCCGCUUUUAGACACCUGCUCCUGGUGCUGCAGUUGGUGUUGCUCUCAGCGGUCACUCAGGGAAAAGAAGUGGUGCUGGGGAAGGCAGGGGGCACAGUGGACCUGCCCUGCCAAGCAUCUCAGAAUAAGAUCAUGGCCUUUAACUGGAAACGUUCUUCCGAGAAGAUCAAGAUUCUGGCACUUCACAUGAACUCCUUUGUCAGCUCCUUGGUUACAGGUCCCUCCAAGCUGAAAACUCGCGUUGACUCCAAAAGAAUCCUGUGGGACCGAGGCUCCUUUCCUCUGGUCAUCAAGAAUCUUGAAACAGCAGACUCCGGGCUUUACAUCUGUGAGGUGGAGGAAAUUAAGAAAGAGGUGGAGUUGCUGGUGUUCAGCUUGACUGCCAAGGUGAACACUGGCAGCAGCAGCAACAGCAGCACAAUCCACCUGCUGAAAGGGCAGAGCCUGACCUUGACCUUGGAGAGCCCCUCUGGUAGUAACCCUUCGGUGCAAUGGAAAGGUCCAGGGAACAAAAUCAAGAAUGGGGUCCACAGCUUCUCACUGUCCCAGCUGCAGCAGAGUGGUACCUGGACAUGCACUGUCUCCCAGAGCCAGAAGACGCUAGUGUUCAACAUAGACAUCUUGGUGCUGGCUUUCCAGAAGGUCUCUAACACCAUCUAUACGAAAGAAGGGGAGCAGGUGGAGUUUUCCUUCCCCCUUAACUUCGAAGCUGAAGACCUGAUGGGGGACCUGAGCUGGAAGGCAGAGGGGGCUCCCUCCUCCCUGCUCUGGAUCUCCUUCACCUUGAAUAACAAGAAGCUAUCUGUGAUAGAAGCUAACCACAAUCCCAAACUCCAGAUGAAGGACUCGCUCCCACUCUGCUUUACCCUGCCCAGGGUUUCGUCUGGGUAUGCUGGUUCUGGGAACCUGACCCUGGCCCUUGGCAAUGGGCAGUUGCAGCAGGAAGUAAAACUCGUGGUGAUGAGAGUGACUCAGUCGGAGAACAACUUGAUCUGUGAGGUGCUGGGACCCACCUCCCCCGAGCUGACGCUGAGCUUCAAACUUGAAACGCAGACCUCUGCCAAGGUCUCGAAGCAGCAGAAGAUGGUACGGGUGGAGAACGCUGAGGUGGGAACAUGGCAGUGUCUACUGAGCGACAAGGGCGAAGUCCUGCUGGCAUCCAACGUCGAAGUUUCGCCUCCAAAGCUCACGAGCGCCUGGCCAAAUCUCUUGGCCAUCGUGCUGGGCGGGGUUGCUGGCCUUCUGCUUUUCACUGGGCUCUGCAUCUUCUGCUGUGUUAAGUGCUGGCACCGCAGGCGCCAGGCAGAGCGGAUGUCUCAGAUCAAGAGACUCCUCAGUGAGAAGAAGACCUGCCAGUGCCCCCACCAGUUACGGAAGACGUGUAAUCUCAUUUGAGGCACAGGACCGGGGAGCCUCCCACUCGCAGUGCAGCCUCCCCAGCUGUCUCCCCUCGCGUUUCCUGCGGGGCUCCCGGGCCUGCAGACCAGAUGAAUGUAGCAGACCCCAGCGUUGCCGGCCACCCCCUGCUCUCUCCCCCUGCUCUCUCCGGCCACACUUUGCCAUUGGCCCUCCUCCUGCAGAGGCCUACACCGUUUCCUCCCAUUUCCUUUGCAUCAGGCCCAGCCCUUAUCGAUGAUUUUUUUCCCAGCUCUCUCUCCCAUUGCCCACUGGUCCCAGGGAAUCACAUGGGACCAGCCCUGCCUGGCGUGGAGGGCAAGGCUGGGUGUCUGAAGCAUGAAGCAUAGGACUGUCAUUUUAUUGGGAGGGACCCUGGGACCUGAAGGGGCAGGGACUGGCCCAAGAUCACACAGCCAGUCGAGAGCACAUCCAGAUUAAAAGCCUCCUGACUGCUAGCCUCCACGACUCAUUCUCCUUGCUUCCUCACUCUGUUUUGGCAGGGCACAGACUCACAUCCUGACCUGUGCACAAACAGGCACCCCUGGACACGAGCCCAUGCACACAGCCCACACUUGUGCCCAGACACAAUUCCUUAUCACCCAAGCAGUACAUCUCAGUUGAUGAGCCAGUCUCACGUCCUCUGUCUGUUUAGACCUUAUGAAAAUCUUACAAAGCUAGUACUGACAGGACCAAGAUUAGCAUCUCUAGCUUAUAGACCGGAAUUGGAACUCAGAGAGGUCAGAUGAUUGCUCAAGGUCACACAGCUAGUAUGUACCAGAAUCAGGACUAAGCCCAGGUCUCUUAACCCCCAGUUCCAUGGCUGUUUCCUGAAUGCAGAGACAAACACCAUGCAAAUCUCUGCAGCUGGUUAGUCACUGAUGCCCAGUGCCCACCUUUGGAUUCGUAAGAGCACACCAGCCCACUCAGGGCCUGCCUCAGAGAGUUCAGAAACACGGAAGAGGCCCUCCCUCCCUAAAAUCCCUCUCUCUCACCUGCUGGUGACAGAAUCCUGUUACCAGAGGACAAAAGCUGGCAGUUCUCCUAAUCAGAGCACAGGCUGGGAACACAGGCCCUGUGGGAGAGAGUGCCCGGUGACCUACCACUCACCCUGUUGCAGAACCUUCUGGAAGGUGAGCUUUGCCAGGAGGAGGGGGUGGGGAGCUGGCUGGAGAGAGAACUCUGAGAGGACUUCCUGGGAAGGCUUCAGCCCCCCAGUCCCUCCCCCUGCACUUUUCUCAUCCCUCCCCCAAACCAUUCAGGAAGCAGGAAAAUUGGGGUUACAAGGACUCUUGUCUUUGUGAACCAUCUCUCUCAGGAUCCUCAGCCUCCUCUGCCUUUCCUUCCUUCCCUUUCUCACUGCCUGUGUCAGUCCCUACCCCUUUUCCCUUGUCUUUUCUUUCUAGCUUGCCGCUUCCAGUAAGAACACCAAAUUGUCGCCAAGGCUCCCCACUGCUUGCUUGGAUGCUUGCUUCAUAUUCCUGCCCACUCCCACCCCUGCUUCUCCCCGCU